AAUUUUACGAAUCAGCACAGGCUUUAACGUAUUUUGAAAAUAUAAAUAGAGUCCAUCCUGUUCCUUUUAUUUUUUAACUCAGCCCAGCUUUUAAUUUCAUUUUACGAUUGUUUACUAUAUUACAAACCGAGUCAUUAUACAUAAAAAUACAAUACCAUCAACUUUACGGCUUACGGUAUCUUUACUUUUUUAGCGUCCUUUACGGUGAAAACCCAUCGAUUUAGUACAAACGACGACGCGUAAAAAUAAAAAUGGAUUCUCAGGAUCCAAUUACCACAUCAGAGAAUGUUUAUCAACAAAAGAUUGCUCGAAUUCGAAAGAAAGUGGCAGACGUUGAAAAUGAUUGCGUACAGUAUGCCAUUAAAAUUUAUCACGUAGAGAAAGACAUUCAGAGAUAUCGACUGGAAACGCAAAUGCUUAAGAAUACGUUCAACGAACAUAUAGAACAUCAGAAGAAACUGAAAGAUCAAGAUCUUCCUGAAGCACCAGAUGUUCAGUCAUCUUUAGAAGUUUCGGAUUCCAAUCUACCUCCUACGCACCAUUAAUAAAGAGUAGGUUGCUUAAACAACAUAUUUAAUGAUUAUGAAAAAAAAGAAACGAUUCGCGAGCCAGAAGAACAAAAGAGGUUAAAACUCGUCAUUACUUUCAUAAUGAAUUGAUGAGACGUCUAUACGAGGUUUAAUUUAACAGCUCUUUUGAAUCAUGACAUAUAUGACUUGAUUUUGCUCACCAGUUCACUCAUUCAUCACUUAAAAAGACCUUUCUGAUCUUUUUUUCUUCACUGUACUCGGCGAUCUAGGGUUUCAAAUAAUGUUUUUAUAAUGCUAUACUCUUAGAAAGAAGUGGUUUUUUCAUA